AUGUCGGGCAGAGAAGAACAUCCGAGGCCCAAGGUCUUCGUUGGCAAUAGCCAACAAAUGCUUCGAGAUAUAAAACAGAGUUUGAAACAUUUGACGAGGCAGCCCGAAACUAAAACACAACAACCGAGUCAGGCGGCUAAUGCGGGCCCGAAAGCAAACACAACCGUUGUAGAACAACCGCCACAGUCGAGUGUGGUUGUGAAUAGGCCGGUCGGUCAUAAUCCAAGUCGUCGGUUUAGCGGACAUGCCAAGGCUCUGGAUCAAAUCAGGAGCAGUUUGAAACCUUAUGAGGCGCCGGAAUCAGGAUAUUCUUCCUGUACCGAGAGUUGUAGCACUAGUCAGCCGGCUGGAGAAACUAUCAACAAACAAGUAUUGGAAAAACUCAGGAUGCUGGGCUUCGACGAGGUACAGUAUUUCUAAAGCUUUGUAUUUGCCAAACUGCGCUUUUAAAGUCGCUUUAAUACUACUAAUUACAAGACCUUCAUUUGCUGUUGAUUGUUUUUAUGUUUAGCUCAAUUUCGUGGUUAGAUUUUGCUAGUUUUAUUGUGUAUAUCAUGGAAGGUGGCAGUAAUGAAUUCAUACCCUAUCUCUAUAUUUACAUCCCCACAAGAAAUAGACAAGAUGGCUUGCAUUGUUUCUGUCGUUUCGCUUUACUGCCAUCGCUUAGCAGAUAUAAUUCUGGGUACGAAAAGCUCUUUGUUAUUCUUUUCGGAGUCCUAAAAUGAGCUUUUUGAUCGUAUUUCGCAUACGAAAAAAACAGGUGAUUUUCCUGCCGAUUGCCCGUGUUUUAAGUCGGCCCGGUACUUUACUUACAUCCGCUGUUCUUUAUAAUCCAAAACAUUUCCACCCUCUGUCGAAUUACUACUGAAUAGCCUAAGCGCAUACGUGUAAAUCAAGGCCUGUCUGCCCGGAAGCUAAGGUCAGAAGGCUACAUCUCUCAUGGAUUCUUUUCAAUUCAUGGCUUUUAUUUUUGCAUCGAGUCCGAAUUGCGAUCAUGUUUUCUGUCGGUCAGUCACGAGCCAAAUAAUCGCGCGAACGGCAUGCACAAUCAGGCGUUUGAAAAUACGAAGUUCUAGAAUUUCCUUUGUUCGUUCGACCUUGUUCCAUUCUCAGUUGAUGAGAAGCAGUCGAGAACAUCUUGACAGCAGCCCCCUUUUCCUGCUGUUAUCAUUAACGAACGCUGAUAACUGUUUCUAUUUUAAAUAGCUGCCAGUAAUCCUUGAUUAAAUAUCAAAUUACGGGACUUGAAUUCUUUAAAUCCCAGCUCAUCAUCAGGGACCCUUAUGAAUGUAAACUUGUUGAUUGAAAUCCCCUCUAUCCCACGAAACAUAUGUUUUUCUAUUUUGGGCUGUUUGGGUUCAUCAAAUUUUUUCGUGCCACAAAAUACCCCAGUUUAGCAACUCAGUUCAGUUCUUGAUGUUCUUUUAAUGGUAUGUAACAUUCUCUUUCAGGAGUCAGCAACGGAAGCCUUAAGAAUGACUCCUGGCAGAACUAUGGAGGAAAGAAUAGACAUGAUUGCAGCGAUGAAAAGCAGUGGCUACAACAGAGUAAAUUUUGGCUCCAAUGCUCCUAGUAGUAACCGUACCCAGUUACCUCCUCCGUAUAAUGCAGCAGUGUAUCGUCUGCCUUGGAAAGGCUCCCAGGAGUCUUUGAAUAGUCCAAAAAGAGCUGAAUCGCCCAUGAUGGGAGUUGAAGGUUCAGCACAAAUUGCUCACCAAUCUCUAAAAAGGACACUGUCUCCUGGGUCUGCUCAGGCCACUGCUCCUUCAGAUCCUCCAAAAGCUGAGUGGCGGGUUCAGAGAUCACCCAACAUUGGGACAGUUGUCCCACAGCCUUGGCGUGUACCACCACCUGGUCAGCAAAGAUAUUUGGAUCGACCUGCUCCUACAUUGCAAUCAAGUUGGCAGCCUGUGGUUUCCUCGACUGGAAAUCAACAGACUCCACAAUUUCAAGUAACUGCGCAACUUAACUUAACUGGGAACAAUUCGGCUGUCAGUGAAAGCCAAGGAAACACAAAUGCCUCUGGAAAUGGUUCAAAUUCUAUGUCCUUUAAUAUACUUGUUCAAACAAACUUUCCUAGUAAUUCAUCUGGAAAUAUUCAGCCCUCACCUCAGGGACAGUAUUAUCAAGUGCCCCCUCAACGUGUAAUUCCAACUGUUGUUCAAGGUGCACAUGGUGAUGUUGUUCGCCACUCCCCUGUGCCACAACCUGUGUCACAUGCUCCAGUGCCACAGUUUGUUCAGACAUUUGAUCCAACUCGUCACCCACCGCCUGCAUAUGCCCCUGUGCCAAGAAGACCAUUACCAGUAGGUUGCUCAGACGUUAGCAUGCCUGAAACCAAUUGGCAGAAUUUUGUGCCACAUAGAUCAUCACGCUCUCCAGUCCCACCACCAGAGCAAUGGAGGAAUUCCUGGAACACCGAAACGUCAUCAAAUUCUGGAUCCAUCAGUGAUGAAAUGCCAUGGUCAAGUUCCUACAAUGAUAGUGGACCUCCAUCUCCACUGUCAGAUUCGUCUUUUACUAUUGAUGGGCCAACAAAAGUUACAAAUCCUACAGGAACAGUAGUUUACCGUCUUGACUCACCUAAUACACAUAAAAGGCGUCCCAUCCCAAACAUGGAGGUUAACGAAAAUGGAAUGGCAUCUACUGAGGAUGAUGACCAAAUGUCUGAGUGUGACAUGGAAAAUCUAAGCUUACGUCAAAUUAGGCUGGACCGCUCAAAACUGAAAAAUCUUUCUCCCGCUGCAACAAAAUUUUAUUUUGAGCAACAUUUUGAAAACAUAAUGAAAACCACAAAGGAGAGGACAAAAAGGCGUGUACAGCUGGAGGAAGAAAUGCAGAUGGUGGGACUAUCUCAGGAUGCUCGAAACCAAAUGAGACAAACUUUGUUUCAGAAAGAGACAAACUAUAAUCGCUUGAAGCGGACCAAGAUGGACAUCUCUAUGUUUGACAAAAUCAGCAAAAUUGGGACUGGUGCGUUUGGAGAAGUUUGGCUUGUCCGAAAAAUAGACACAAACAUGUUGUAUGCAAUGAAAAUUCUUCGGAAAUCUGAAGUUCUGAAACGAAACCAGGUAGCUCAUGUCAAAGCUGAAAGAGACAUUCUGGCAGAGGCUGACAAUGAAUGGGUUGUCAAGCUUUACUAUUCAUUUCAAGACAGCAAAUUUCUGUAUUUUGUUAUGGACUACAUUCCUGGCGGAGACUUGAUGAAUUUGUUGAUUAAAUUUGGGAUAUUUCCCGAAGAUCUAGCAAGAUUUUACAUUGCAGAACUUGUGCUGGCAAUUGAGUCAGUUCAUAACAUGGGGUUUGUGCAUCGCGAUAUUAAACCAGACAAUGUUUUAAUUGACCGAGAUGGUCACAUCAAACUGACUGAUUUUGGACUUUGCACAGGCUUUCGCUGGACCCAUGACACUACGUACUACCAGAAGGACGGUCACGAAAGACAACCAAGUUUGGAUUAUGCCAUGCUCUCAUCUGAGGUUAUGGACUUUCCUCAAAAUUACAAUGAACAUAUAUUACAGAGGACACUGAAAGAAAUGAAGCCAUUGGAAAGACGUCAUUUCCGUAAGCACAUGAGAAGUCUUGCACAUUCAUUAGUUGGCACACCCAACUACAUUGCACCAGAAGUGCUACAAAGAAGUGGUUACACACAGCUCUGUGACUGGUGGUCAGUGGGAGUAAUUAUGUAUGAGAUGCUCGUUGGACAGCCUCCGUUCAUGGCGGCAACUCCAGCUGAUACUCAAAUAAAGGUAAGGAGAUGUUUGCAUCUGUAUCUGGGUUUGAUGUCUGUGUUUGCUUUGGAUUGACAAGUACCAUUUACAGAAGAUCAAAGUUAGAACUCAGGAUGCAAAGCAAAGCAAAACCAGUUACAGUUUAGUUUGUCCAUGUCUGCCUUUCCUUGCACCAAUGUCAUUUUGCCUUUGUUUAACCCUUUAAGUCCCAAUACUGACCAACAACAAUUUUCUCCUAACAAUAUCCAUACACUGUCAAGAGAUAAAGUUAUGAGAAUUAAUAAAAUGAUCAUCAUAGAGAAAAUUCCAUGAUCUUUUAUCAAAUUCUCUCAACUAAUUCUUAAAGGAAAUGUGUAGAGAUCAGUGUGGAGAAUUUGUAUGUGGAUAUUGGGGCUUAAAGGGGUAAAAUUGCAGUUGGUAAAUAUUAUGACAUUAUAGUGUAGUUUCGUUCUCUUAAAUUUUUUUUUUUGUUUUUAAGACAAGCCAGCUAAGCGUUAAUUUGAUAAGCAGCUGCACAGUGGGACUUCCUACCACCAGUACUUGAAAAUACUUUAUAUGGCCAUGUUUUGUUUCAGUUUUCUUCUUGGUUCUUUCCUUUGGUUCAACUCAUUAUCAUAUAUUUCCAUACCUGAAAACAAAGGAAAAUAAAAUAUAAACCGCACGCAAGUAAAAUUGACAGAGCCGCACUCAAGUUCUUUCUCAUAGCUAGUUAAGUAAUUUGUUUCCUCUUUUUUUAAAUCUUUAAAUAAAUGUCUAAAAUUUUCAUUUUGCAGGUUAUUAACUGGGAGAGCACUCUACACAUCCCCAGGGAGGCCCAUCUCAGUGUAGAGGCUAGAGACUUGAUCUUGAGAUUGUGUACCAGUCAAGACAGAAGGCUAGGGGCAAAUGGUGUUGAGGAAAUCAAACACCACCCAUUCUUCCGAACUGUUGAUUGGGGUUAUGGUGUGCGUCGCUGGCAUGCCCCUUAUCAGCCACAGAUCUCUUCCCCAACAGACGUCUCAAACUUUGAACCAGAUGAAUCAGAAAGAAUGAGCAGUGACGAGGAAGCUGAACUUGCGGACACUGAGGCUGCUGCGGAUGCAGAUGCAGCAGCACCUAGGCAGGGUCGGCAUCCCGAGCAUGCAUUUUAUGAGUUCACUUUCAGACGGUUUUUCAAUGAUAGUGACUUGAGCUAUACCUCUUCACGGAGAUAUUCCUCUGAUGAUAGUGGCAAUGAAACUUGCAAAGAGCCUGUGUAUGUCUGA